AUGACUGCUUCUGCUCUUACAGAAGGUUUGAAUUUGACUUUUUUCACAAUAGCUCUUCUAAAAGAUACUGGAUAUUGGGAUGAUGUUAAUGAAAAUUUAACUGAUCCUAUUUAUUGGGGAAGAGGUAAAGGUUGUGAUUUCUUUGAAAAAGCUUGUUAAAGUACUACUCAGUAUGAAGAAUUUGCAACUCCUGAUUAAUCAGCUUGUUCUUUUUGGGGUGAUGGGCAAGGAAAAGGUUCAAGUUCUGAUUCUUUUGGUGAUACUUGUAGUGUUAUUCAAAUUUUCAGUAAUCGUUUAUGCAGCGAUAUAGCCAAUUAAAGCUACUAAAAUAAACCUGCUUCAUUUAACGCUGACACUUCCAAUGAUUUUUCAUAUAAUUCGAAAUGUUUUGUUUCUAAUGUUUAUAGUCCUAAUUCUUAAUAUUAAUACAAAAAUGAAAAUUUGAGAUGCCAUUUUUAUUAAUGUACUCCUGACAAAACACAAUUAACUAUUUAUUUCUCUUAAAUUCCAAAUACUUAAGUUGUUUGUAGAAUUAGUGAUUAAGGUAAUUAAAUGACAGUGGUCUAUUAAGGUAAAACCUUAGGUCAAGUAACUUGUCCAUCUAAUAUAGCAAGAUUAUGCGAUGAUUAAUAGUGUGUUAAUUUUUGUACUUAUAAUGGAAUUUGUAUUCGAGGAUAGUGUUUAUGCAAUCCUGGUUUUGGAGGAGUUGAUUGCAGUCAAUAGUGUUCGGGUUUUAUUUCAUAGGAAGGAAUAUGUGUGGCUUCAUGUCCAAAUGGCACAUUUGGAAACUCUGAUAAUGUAUGUAGACCAACUUGUCCAAAUGGAUAUUAUCCAGACUCUGGUACAGGUUUGUGCAAAUAAUGUGAUUUUUCUUGCUCAUAGUGCUCAGGUCCAAGCAAAAAUUAAUGUAAAGCAUGUCAAUUUUUAACAUAUUUAAGUAAUGGUUCAUGUGUUACAACUUGUCCAAAUGGAUAGUUUGCUGAUGAAGUAUCAAAGACGUGUUUUAACUGUCCAGAUGGAUGCUCUAGUUGUACUAGUUAUACUAAUUGCACUGGUUGUAAAUCUAAUUAUAUAAAGAGUUUAACAUCAUGCAUUAAUUCUUCAUGCACUACUCCUUGUGCUACAUGUAAAUCUGCUACUCCAACUAGUUGUCUAUCUUGUGCAUAAAAUCUUUAUCUUUAGCCAUCAUCAAAUAAAUGUGAUUCUUCUUGUCCACUAGGUUACUAUAAAAAUUCAAUAGAUAUGACUUGUACUGCUUGUCUAACUGGGUGUAAAAACUGCACUGAUGCUAAAACCUGUAUUUAAUGUGACAGUUCUAAUGGUUACAGGCUAUACGGUAGCUCGUGUACUAUUUGUACAAAGCCUUGCGCCACUUGUUCUUCUAUAAAUCCUAGUUCUUGUUUAUCUUGCGAAAAUAGUUUGUACCUCUAAAAUAAUUAAUGUGUUGCAACAUGUUCAAAAGGAUAUUUUAAUGGCCCAAAUUACACUUGCUCUCCAUGCCUUAAAGGAUGCGAUGAAUGUUCUGAUGGAAAUUCUUGUAAAACUUGCAAUUCUUAAUAUAAACCUUUCACAUAUAAAAAUUAGCAAGUUUGCAUGAAUUCCUAAUCUUGCUUUUCUCCCUGCUCUACUUGUAUUGGUUCUUUCUAACCUGCAACAUGUGCAUCAUGUAAUCCAAAUUUUUAUCUAUAAGGUACAAGCUGCGUAGCUAAAUGUAAUUAAGGAUAUUAUGGUAAUAAAUCAAAUUAAACAUGUACCUAAUGUCCAACAAAUUGUUCAAAUUGUUCCGAUCCCUCAACAUGCUUAUCUUGUUCAAAUAACUAUUUUCUUUCUGAAAAAAGCUGCGUAUUAGCAUGCCCUAGAGGAUAAAAUGGAAAUAGCAAUAAAAUUUGUGUUUCAGUAGAUGCUAAAACGUUUGCAAACACAAAUUAUUUUACCAUAAUACUUAUAUUUUUAUUGAUAGUUUUAUUUUGA